GUGCGUGGCAGUCAGAUGGCUGGGCUAGGCAGGACAGGCAUGAGAGAAGCUCCCAGAAGAACAUGCAGCCUCUUCUCUGCCCCAGCCAAGAGACAGCCCUCCACGAGAAGUAGUGUCUCGGGGAGAUUCCUCAUCCACUGUCCCUGCACCUGAGGUGAAGGCAGCAGCAUCACAAAUGGCAGGAAGUUCAGAGUGAAAGGGCAGUUUCCACGCCCUUGCUCCCCAGACCUGUCCACCAUUUUGACUCAUUAGUGUCUUUUCAGACCUUCUAAGAAGUGGCCAUGGUGGGUGCUGUCCUAGCACAGAGCAGAAGUAGACAGAUGCACGCAUUAGAGAAACACGUGCUUCCGGUACGGGCACUCUUACUUACAGAGAAGGGACUUGUUCCAAAUAGGCUUUUUAGGUCUCAUCACAUCACAAGUAUCUUUUCACAUAGUUGCAGAUUUCUUUUUGCUUCCUAGUGGCAGCAGUGCCCUGUGUACUAGGUGGCAGGGACUAGCUGGUCCCGCUGUUCAAACCAGGGGCUGUGGUUGCGUUCCCAGCACGCCCCUCCGCCCAGGGCUACGCACUCAGCCGUUCCCACUAGGAAGACGGGCGAGGCGGCUCGAUGGGCCACCUCGGACUUUGAUGUGCCAGUUCAGCCCUACACCCUUGACUUCUCCAUGGGGACAGCUGGCCCGCCCUCAGCACUGUGGGGAGGCGGCCGGGUGGCAGGUGGUGGCUCUGUCCCAAGGGACCUGCCUUUGCCUGACUGCACUCUGGUGGAGGAGGUGUGUGCCCCUCUGUGCAGCGUGGCCCUUGCAGCCAGCCCAAGUUCAGGAAGUGCCAUGCGUGGCCCAGUGCUUUGCCCUGGCCAGGGCGCGAGCAUCCACCCACCUCCCUGUGGUUCUCACUGGCCAGGACAGCUGUCCAGCCAGGAAGGUGCCACCAAACUGCCAGCCAGCCCCUCCUCACACAGCCUGUGUCAGCCCUGCUGGGCCCCUUCCUGCCCCUCUCCAAUCAAACUCCCACCCAGGCUUUGCCCCCAUUAUACUGAGGAGGAAGCAGGCCCACAGAGGUGCAGCCUCGCCUCCGGCCCGGCUCUGUGGGUUAGCUGUGUGGGGCCUUCUCAAGUCACUUCUCCUCUCUGAACCUUUAUGCCCUUGUCUGUAAACUGGGGUCACUCUGCGUGGGUGGCAGGGCUGGGAUCUGAACCCAAGGGUGUGUGUGCCCCUAAACUCUGCAGCAGAGACUUGCAUGCAGGAGGUGCUCCAUAAAUAUCUUUAAUUGAUUUAGUUGUCCCCCAAGUCCCUAACCUAGCAUCUGUCACCAUAGCCUCAAUUUCCCUUCGUCUCCCCAACCUGGUGGGCGUGGCUUCCAUCUAAGAGACCUUCCUAAUGCAUGACCCCCUUCUCUCACAUCCUCACUUCUGUCCCGUCCUUUUCUCUCUAAUCCCAGGGUCAGCCAGGAGUUUCCUCCCUUGGCUCCCACAAGGGUCUUCUGCCCUCCCUGGCAAGCACCCCUCCCCUGGCCUCCUGUCCCCCCCGCAACGCCAAGUUCCCAUGAUCCUUCCCUCCUCCCUGGCCCACUGGCCUGGCAGCUCCCUACAGCACUGGCCUUGUUUCCUGGGGAACAAUGUGUCUGUGUCACAGACAACAAUGUCCUUUCAUCUCAGACGCUGCCCCAGUGCAUGCUGGGAUGCAGCACAAAGGGUGCUUUGUGUGUCUCAGGGAUGUGAGCUCCCGACUUUGCCACAUCGGAGCUGGCAACCAGGGCCUCUGUCCUUGGGUGCUGGUUAUGCAACACUGGGCUUCGCCGACCUGAACCUGGCUGAGUUUGCAGGCUCUGGCUCCACGGUGCGCUGCUGCCUGCUGGAGGGUUAUGACACAAAGAACACGCGCCAGGACAACUCCAUCCUCAAGGUCACCAUUGGCAUGUUCCUGCUCUCUGGGGACCCCUGCUUCAAGACGCCACCAUCCACUGCCAAGUCCAUCUCCAUCCCGGGCCAGGAUUCCUCCCUGCAGCUGACGUGUAAGGGUGGCGGGACCAGCAGCAGUGGCAAGAGCAGCACCAACUCCCUGACAGGGUCCCGGCACCCCAAGGCCCGGCCCACCAUCCUCAGCUCAGGGGUGCCGGAGGAGCCUGACCAGAACCUGUCCAGCCCCGAGGAGGUGUUCCACUCUGGCCACUCCCGCAACUCCAGCUACGCCAGCCAGCAGUCCAGGAUCUCAGGCUACAGCACAGAGCACUCGCGCUCCUCCAGCCUCUCGGACCUGACGCACCGCCGCAACACGUCCACCAGCAGCAGUGCCUCGGGCGGCCUCAGCAUCACAGUGGAGGGGCCUGAGGGCAGUGAGCGCGAGCACCGGCCCCCCGAGAAGCCCCCACGGCCCCCUCGGCCCCCACAUCUGUCGGACCGCUCGUUUCGGCGGAAGAAAGACUCGGUGGAGAGCCACCCGACCUGGGUGGACGACACGCGGAUUGACGCGGAUGACAUCGUGGAGAAGAUCGUGCAGAGCCAGGACUUCACAGACGGCAGCAACACUGAGGAUAGCAACCUCCGGCUGUUUGUGAGCCGAGACGGCUCCACCACGCUGAGUGGCAUCCAGCUGGCCAACAGGGUCUCCUCUGGGGUCUACGAGCCAGUCGUGAUUGAAAGCCAUUGAGGAGCGGGUAUCCAGACCGGAGAAGGGCCCUGCCUUUGGCGGAGUCCAGACCUGCGUCAUUCCACAAGGGACCUUCCUCCUCGGAUCGCCAUCCGCGCCGCAUCUCAUCUGUGCCUCCUCCACGCAUUCCAGCCCCAGCCCCACAGCACAUUCCAUUGUCCUCCCAACCUGCUGGGACCCUCCUGGCCCCUCAGGGCCCAGGUACCACUGUGAAUAUUCUCCUCUGAACCACUAGAGGGCAGAACACGCAGGCCCACGCAGCAGGUGGGCAAGACAAAGAUGCCAGGACUGCCAGCUGGAGACCAACCUGUCCCCUUGGCAGGGCCGCAGCAGCUCCCACAUGCUGGACCCAGAGUUGGCUUGUGGCCGAGGGGCCGCUUGCCCUGUCCUCCCUGCCCCGCUCCAGGAGCACCGGCUCAGCUGUGUCCUGACAGGGCCUUGCUUCCUCACCCCCUCGCCAUUGUGGGGGGACAGUUCACCCCCGGAAUCCUGCCACCGUGGCCCUCUGGCUACUUAGUGCUUCAGCUAUCCCUGUUCUUUGUCCCGGGGGACCCGCUGGCGGCCUCUUCCUUGGAGCCAAGAUCUCAAACUUCCUCCCCCAAUACUGCAGAUUGAGACAAAUCCCCUCCCCCCAGCGAAUGUUCUCCUGCUGCCCUGGCAGCCUGCACUUUGCACAUGCUCGUCUCCAGCACAGCCCCGUUGGCCCUCACCUGCCCUUGCCCGAGUCCCUCCCCAGGGUUCCUGGACAUGGCUGCUGUGCGGCUGGACCGUAGCGCUGUGCCUCUCCCUCCGUUAGCUCCAGCUCAGACCUGACGCCCAGGCUGAGAAGGUGGUUCUCUUGCUCAGGGCUGGGUCCUGAGCUGCUGGCUUCUUGUAGGUGCCUCCCAAGCCCUUGGAGGUUGGGGGUCUGGUCUGGCCGGCUGGUCUGGCAAGCAGAGCCCCCUUUUGCUCCCCUCAGGGUCAGCUGGUCUGGGCUGGGUGGGUGCUGGAGAGGCAGGUGGGCUGAGACUGGACCGACCUGGAGCCGGCCUCCUGGCCAGGAAAGCCUCAGCCCUCCUCUGAAAGCAUCUGCCCACUUCCGGGCAGGAGAGGUGGGGUCCUUUAAAGGGUGUUUUCCCGGUGGGGAGCAGUCUGGGCCUGCCCCCGCCCCCGCCCCCCUCUAAAGCCUCUGCUCUGCACUUUCCCCCUGGGUCCUCAUUACUUGCUUGAAGGUGGGUUCUGGCUGCCAACCAGUCCCUGGACAAGCUCCCCACGCUCUUAAAUCUCACUCAUUUUGUAUAAACCAGCCGGCUGGUGUUUACUUAGCCCUAAAACUUUUUUUCUUCCCUUCCUCCUUCCUUUUUCUUACUUUUUUUUUUUUUUGGAGCUCACAGUUUGGUAUUGUCUGCUCCCCCAGGUGAAGGGAAGUGGUUCUGUUCUCUGGCUUACCCCUCGCUGGGUCCCAGCAGUGCUGGGCAUCUGGAUGGGGCCCCCUGGUAGAUACUGGCUCUCUCUGGGGGUGGGGUGGGAGCUUCCUCCCCAGGCUGGGAGGGGUCCUGGUCCUUCUGCCCCAGCUGGCAAGAGUAGGGGUCUUGGUCUUGGAACCUCUCUGCAUUGGGACCAGAACAUUUCUAGGAUUUCUGUUGCUAUUGUUUUUAAUCACCUAACUCUCUUAGAAAAGGAAUGUUAGAAGGUGCCUGCUGAGGCAGGAAGGAGCGUUUGCUCUGACUAGAGAAGGAUCUGGUCAGCUCUGCGGGUCCCAUCCUGCCCCGCAGAUCCCUGGCUGGCACUUUAAAGGGAGUGGUCCAUGCUGUCUCCAGAUGAAGUGACCCAGAAGAUAGGGGCACACGGCCCUUCCCUUCUGCGUCUUCCUAACCUCAGCCUAGUGGGGAGGUGCAUGUAGGGUGCAUUUGGGGUCUGAUUUCAAAGUUCUAGGGCUUCAGACAUAAAGCAGCUGGUGUGGUACUGUUGCAGAGACCCCCUAAACCAGGACUCCCCCAGCCCUGCCAAAGGUGAGCGCUGAGUUUCACCCCAAAAAGGAGACAGCCUGUCACAUUCUCCCACACCAGGCCCUGGGCCAGGGUAAUGGACUAACCGAGUAUUUGGCCACAACCAAAUUAUCGCUGGUUGGAAGCCGGAGGCCGGAAGUCCUGGCCUCCUCGCCAUGGAGGGCUCUUAGCCCUCCGGUCCCCUCAAGCUCAGCGAAUUUCCACUAGGCGCCCACAGCUCCUGGACUUAAAAUUCUAUAUAGAGAUAGAAUAUAUUAGAGAUAUUUUUGGAAAGGAAUUGGUCUAUGCAAUGACAGUUUGGAAUCCUCUUGAAAGACAGUUUAACGUUUUUACUAGGAGAUUUAAAGAAAAUAAAGGUAUACGAUAUUUUUAGUUUUUUUCUUUUCCUGGUCCCCCCACAAACCCGCCACAUGGCAUGAUCUGCCAGGAUGGAGAAUGUCUGUUUUCCUCUCUCCAGGAGGUGAGCAGGGAGAUUGGGGGGGAGGGGAGGCCUUUUUAUUUUACUCCCCUGCCCCAACUCCCUGGGUCAGGGGGCUGUAUUUGUAUCCUUGUCCCAGCUUCUAUUGUAGAAUAACAUUGUAAGGGGAAAUCAGCCUAGUGUCAGUGUCUGGUUUGGGGGGGAAAAUAAAAUUGUUGCAGUUUUUGUUUUUAUGGCUCCUUGGGUUUUCUUUGACAUGUUGACUUUGGGCCUGAGAUGGCAUCAGAAGGA